CGGUGUGUUCCGUGUUGUGGGUCCGGCGCUUCUGGUUUGUGUGUUUACGGAGAAACACAUGAAGCAGGCGGACGUCCUCCCUGCAGCUCAGCGUGUUUCUGUUUGACUUCAAGCUUUCAGGACCGAACCCGCUCCUGAACCCGAAAAGUAACUAAUUCAAGUCUGUGUAAAAGUCUGCGGAAGCAUGAAGCUGCGGGUUCGGAUUAACAGGCAGACCAGCCGGGUGGAGUUACUGGGAGAAGAUCCCAGUUUGAAGGAGCUCAGAGGUCACAUCAAGGAGACGCUGCUGCGCUCUCACGGACUCAGCUCAGACACAGAGUUCGGCUUGUCUCUGAACGGCUCCGAGCUCCUGACAGACGGCGCUCAGACUCUGGCGUCCUGCGGCAUCGUCUCCGGAGAUCUGAUCUGCAUCCACCUGCCGCAGUCUGAAGCUGCCGCCGUGGCUUCCACCACCUCAGCCCCGUCCACAAGCUCCACCCACACAGCAGCCAACAGCUCAACGAACCAGAGGCAAAGCGGGCAGACCCCCAGCAUGUCCUCCAGCCAGCCGAGCGGCGUCAGUCCUGCGGUCCUCACAGAGUCACAGGAGUCCUGCGAGACGUCAGACUCUGAGCCUUCAGCUGCCGUCUGGGAGCCGAUGCUGUGCAGUGAGGCCGAGGACGGUCAGGCGCCGCACUCUCUGGAGGUCCUUUACCACACGGCCCAGGCCACCAACCCCAACGACGCCAUCAUGGUGGCCGGACAUCUCCUGAUGCUCGAGACCGGGUUCAUUCCUCAGGGCAGUGAGCUGAAGCCUGGUGAGAUGCCUGCUGGGUGGAGGUGUGCAGGUGGAGUCUACAGGCUGCAGUACACUCAUCCUCUGUGUGAGAGCAGCCUGGCCUCAGUGGUAGCUGUGUGCAUGGGCCCGAUGCUCGUCAUCAACACGACUCUGAAGGUGACGGAAACCGUCGACACCGUUCGCAAACUGUGUCUGAACGCAUCCAGCUACGUGACCAACGAGUGGCCAGGAGGGAGUGCAGCAGCGGCGUUUAAAGAGCUCAGCAAACUGUCCCGACUCUUCAAAGACCAGCUGGCGUACCCGCUGAUCGCCACCGCCAGAGAAGCGAUGGCUCUCCCCGUGGCAUUUGGUCUGCCUGCUCUUCCUCCAGAGCUCCUCCUCCGAGUCCUCCGCUUGCUCGACGUUCGCUCUGUGGUCAGACUGUCGGCGGUCAGCCGCCACUUCAACGCCGCCACAGCGGACUCGUCGCUGUGGAGACACCUGUACCGCCGCGACUUCUCAGAUUCAGACCCGAGCAGAUCCAGAUACAGUGAUUGGAAAGAGGUCUACAAAAACCAUUAUAAGAAUCGAAAAUCAGCCCACCCCUUCAGCUUCCCUCGUUACCUCCCUCCUUACCUCCCUCCUUUCCACGACAGAGACAUCUUCCGCCCCCUUCCCUUCCCCCACUUCCCCCCGGGCAUCAUCGGUGGCGAGCACGACCAGCGACCAACCCUGCCCCAUGGCCUGCUGCCCCGCCCCCGCCACGACCCCAUCGGCCCGCUCGCUGAACCCCACAGACGACCCCCCGACGAUUUCCACAGAAUCCGACCUGCGGGAGGAAGACCCGCAGACGUCCGGCGAGGAUUCAUCUGAUCGACUCAUCACUGAUCAAUAAAAGACAUCAGUGACAUCACUUCCUGUUUCACUCUGAGUCGAUUGACCACAAAAAUCAGUUUUUAGUAAACCUGGGAUGAAAAACUCUCCGACUGCAUAAAUUUCUGACCGAAGCCUUUUUGUUUCAUAUAGUCAAAAAUAAUAAAAAUGUUUCCUGCAAAGCAAAAUUGAGUUUAAACUCAU